AUGGCGGCAGGAGAUGAGGAAGGGCGGGCGGCGGAGCUGGAAGAGCAAGAGCCCGAGCCUCAGAGCUUCAGGGAUCUGGGAGUGACAGAUGUCCUGUGUGAAGCUUGUGACCAGUUAGGAUGGAAGAUGCCAACAAAGAUUCAAGUUGAGGCUAUUCCAGUGGCUCUCCAAGGCAGAGAUAUCAUUGGACUGGCAGAAACUGGCUCUGGAAAAACAGGAGCCUUUGCUUUGCCAAUUCUUCAAGCACUUCUGGAAACACCUCAGCGAUUGUUUGCUCUUGUCCUCACACCGACAAGGGAGCUGGCUUUCCAAAUCUCAGAGCAGUUUGAAGCUCUUGGAUCCUCCAUCGGUGUCCACAGUACGGUUAUUGUGGGUGGAAUUGACACCAUGUCUCAAUCUCUGGCCUUAGCCAAGAAACCACAUAUUAUAAUUGCAACCCCGGGCCGUCUAGUUGAUCAUUUGGAGAACACAAAAGGCUUCAACUUACGAGCUCUAAAGUUCCUAGUGAUGGAUGAGGCUGACCGGAUUCUUAACAUGGAUUUUGAGACAGAGGUGGAUAAGAUCUUAAAAGUGAUUCCUCGAGACAGGAAGACAUUUUUGUUUUCUGCUACCAUGACCAAGAAGGUUCAAAAACUCCAGCGUGCUGCUCUGAAGAAUCCUGUUAAAUGUGCUGUUUCUUCCAAAUAUCAGACCGUUGAAAAACUACAGCAGUACUACAUUUUCAUCCCCUCCAAAUUCAAGGACAGCUACCUGGUUUAUAUCUUGAAUGAACUAGCUGGAAACUCUUUCAUGAUAUUCUGUAGUACCUGUAACAACACUCAGAGGACUGCCCUACUGCUCCGCAACCUGGGGUUCACUGCCAUUCCUCUCCAUGGGCAGAUGAGUCAGAAUAAACGCUUGGGCUCUCUAAACAAGUUCAAGGCAAAGGCACGUUCUAUUCUGCUGGCUACUGAUGUUGCAAGCAGAGGUCUGGACAUCCCACAUGUAGAUGUGGUGAUAAACUUUGAUAUUCCUACACACUCUAAGGAUUACAUUCAUCGUGUUGGGAGAACAGCUCGGGCUGGGAGAUCUGGCAAAUCUAUCACCUUUGUCACACAGUAUGAUGUAGAGCUGUUCCAGCGCAUUGAACACCUGAUUGGCAAGAAGCUGCCAGCAUUCCCCACGCAAGAGGAAGAAGUUAUGAUGCUGACAGAGCGUGUGGCUGAGGCCCAGAGAUUUGCUCGAAUGGAGCUGCGGGAGCAAGGAGAAAAGAAGCGAUCUCGACGUGAUGAUGAUGAUGACACAGAGGAAGCUAUCGGUGUCAGGAAUAAGGUGGCAGGUGGGAAAAAGAAGAAAAGGAAAGCCUUCUAGUUCAGUAUUUGGACAGACUUUUUUCAUUUUUCUCUUUAUGGCUACAUGAGCUCAGCAAAAACAGUCUACCAAGCUGUGUCCAGUGGAUUUUUUUCAGAACUACUUAGGGAAUUGGACAGUCCACCUGAAAAACAACUUCCUCUCUUCUGCUUCACCAGUUACAGACUGAGCUUGACUCUCUGUGGUACCAUGGGAUCGGUCUUCCUUUCAUAAACACCAGACCAUCAUCUCUGGACCUGAAAGCAGCUGUGGUCUGGCCCUGCUCAUUCACAGAGAGGUGCAGUGUGAGUGCAGCUUUCCCACUGCUGCAGCCUGUCUCACUACCCAGACUUGCUAAUCUGAGGUCAGACAGGUUUGUCAGAAGAAAGAGAGGAAAAAGCUAAGAGAAGCAGCUGAGUUUCCACAGCAUAGCUGUGAUGCCCUCGCCUUAAUGAAGAGACAGGUGUUGUGGAGAACUCCAAAUAUAUUUUGUUUAAUUUUAAAGCUGCCUGGUUUUCCUUUUCUUAUCACUGACCUGUUCUGCUCAUUUUAAAUAUUGGCUCUGCCAGGUUUUCUCCUUACGUCAGUCUUAGUGAUUCAGAUAUGACAUCAGUAUCUUAGAUAUGUCAGCUGAAGAGUGGCCCAGCACAGAAAGAACCUGUUUCAGCAGGAUUAGACUAUUCGCUGCCUGGAAUUCGAUCCAGAAUCUGUAAUGAUUGGCAAGAUCAAGGAGAGGUCUGGGUUUUGAGGGGUGUUUUUUUUAUUUCUGUGGCUGAUUUGUUUAGUACUUACAAACCAACACAAGAGGGUGGUAUUUACAUGGGAAAACAGCUCAGAAGCUGGAUGGUGAAGAAAAGCAGGUAUCAUACAGGCUUUUUUUGUGUUUUCCUAUUUAGUUCUCUGUCUUAGGCAGAAGUUCAGUGCUGUAUAAGUAGACUCUUGCAAGAAUGAGAUAAAUGUACUUAUCUUCCUAUCAAACCAGAAGGUUAGUGCUAGUUCCCAUUGGCAAUAAAAAUUUUCACACUGUACAUUCCUACUUGUGGGAAGAGAAGGGUGAGAAGUGGCUUUGUGAUUACUCAACGUGAAAAUUUAGUGUCUGUUAGAACCACUUGUAAACUGGAUUUUCUGCUGUAUGAAAAACUUCAGAAGAUUCAUUUUUAGAUCUAACUGGAAAGCAGAAACUACUGUAGUAGUCAAGAUGAGCUCAGUGGUUACUUCAUAGUGUCAGCAUCAAUCUAUACAUAUGCAUGCUAGUCAGAAUGCUUUUAUGCUUUGGGGGAAGCACAUUUUGCAAAAUUUCAGAAAACAGCAUGAUUAAGGGGAGUGUGUUUUUUCUUUUUUAUUUGAAACCUCUCUGUUGUCUCUGUGAGGAACAAACAUACCCUCUAGUGGUGUGAGAAGAGUGCCA